UAGUAAACAAACGGAGUCAAGCCUUACCUAGGCCGAGCCAAAAGCUCAGCAGCUACUCGGCUCAUCCUCGUCCCUCGUUGUUACUUAGUGCAGGUAAGUUAAGAAAAUGGUAUCCAUUUCCCAAGCACACCAUUGACUUGGUACAGUUUCGAGGGCGCAUCAUCAUCACCGAUUCACCGAUGGGUGACGCGAACUUCGCCUUCUUUGUUCUCUUUCUUCUUCCCGUGUUUCUUCUGGCGGUGCUCUACUUCCUGGUCCGUCCGCGUCCCGUGAAGAUCCCGAUCAAGAACCGGCACGUUUUCAUCACGGGCGGAUCCAGCGGUAUCGGGCUGGCGCUGGCGCACCGCGCGGCGGCGGAGGGUGCGCGCGUCUCGAUCCUCGCCCGGUCACCGGACAAGCUAGAGGAGGCGCGCAACGCGAUCCGCCUCGCCACAGGGAUGGAGGUGGCGGCAUUCGCGGCAGACGUGCGGGACUUCGAGGCGGUGAAGCGCGCGGUCGACGAUGCGGGCCCCAUCGACGUGCUGCUGCUGAACCACGGCGUCUUCGUGGCGCUGGAGCUGGAUAAGAUGGAACUGAGUGAGGUCAAGUUCACCAUGGACGUAAAUCUCAUGGGAACGUUGAAUCUCAUCAAGGCCGCGCUGCCUGCAAUGAAGAACCGCAACGAUCCGCUGCCCGCUUCCAUUGCUCUUGUUUCCUCACAGGCCGGUCAGGUGGGAAUUUAUGGUUAUGUAGCUUAUUCGGCAAGUAAAUUUGGUCUUCGUGGUUUAGCAGAAUCAUUGCAACAAGAGGUUAUAGAAGAUAACAUUCAUGUUUCUAUGAUAUUCCCUCCAGAUACGGAUACUCCUGGGUUAGCAGAAGAAAACAAGAGAAGACCGGAGCUCACCAAAAUCAUUACAGCCUCCUCUGGUUCUAUGAAAGCUGAUGAAGUUGCUCAGAAAGCUUUGGAUGGUAUAAAAUGUGGCGAUUUUAUUGUUUCUUGCAAUUUCGAGGGAAUUGCACUAUCCCUAGCAACUGCAGGUUUAUCCCCUCAGAGGUCUUUCUUAAUGGCGUUUCUUGAGGUUGUUGCUGCUGGAAUCCUACGGAUUGUUGCACUAGGUAUGCAGUGGACUUGGUAUAGAAGUAUAGAGAAAUAUCACAGCCAAAGGAAGGAGGUCAAGCCUUCGUUGAUAAAGAAAAUAUUGAAAUGGUAAUUUUUAUUUAGCUUUGGGCUUGUGUCUAAAAAGCACUAUCUGGCAUGAGAAACUGCAUAUACAAGAACACAACACACAGCAAAAUCUGAAGUGUUCCACUAGGAUUUGAAGUGUCAUGUCUGAUUCAAGUGUACGUGUCUGACAUGUGACACCAACUGGCAUGAGACAACAUAUACGAGAAGGACUACGAAGGACUAAGAAGUACUAACUCAAGUGUUUGAAAUGGUAAAUUUUAUUUAGCAUUGAACUUUUGUCUAAAAAGCACCAACGGACACGAGACACAGCAUAUACAAGGACACAACACACUUCAAAAUCUGAAGUGUCCCACUAGGAUUUGAUCAAGUGUAUCUAUACAUGACCUUCCUUUAAUGUGUCUGUGCUUCAAAGGUUCUGUUGCUGGCUAUUUUUAUAAUUAAAAUCCAUACUUAUCUUUGUUGCUGACAGGCCUCUCUGGCUUAUUCAACGCAAUAGUCUGUUAGAAAUGAAAAUAUUCCGUGUCAGUAAAACAGCUAGCAUCUCAACAAUGUAUAAGUGAAAUCAGUACUGUAAAGUGUACAUUAUUUUGUGUUUAUAUAAUAUAUUUACAUUUUAAUAAAUGAAUUUGAUUUUGACUUC